AUGCAGAUUCUGUGCGACCUUGGCUGCCUGGAGCGGCCUCGAUUGCCUAUCAUGCCCACUGAUCUCUCCCCCAAAUGCCAGCAUUUGCUGCAAAUUCUGUCCCGGCUGAUUGAACAUGAAUUCCACGGGCUGAUAUUUGUGGCCCAAAGAGCGACGGUGGUGAUUCUCAAAUCACUGAUCGAGUGCUAUUCCGAUACAAAAGACAAGAUACGCUGUGGGGGUUUUGUCGGCAUGUCGAACAUUCAGAGCCGGACUAAUCUUGGAAAUUGGCACGGUGAUAUCCGCAGCCAGGAAGACACACUAGCAAAGUUCUGGGCGAAAGAACUGGAUCUGAUCAUCACGACCAAUGCAUUGGAAGAGGGAAUAGAUAUAACAGCAUGCAAUACCGUCAUCAGUUUCGACCGUUCUCUUAGUCUUAGGUCCUUUUUCCAAAGACGCGGACGGGCGCGCCAAGGGCAAUCCACCUUCAUCAUCUUCGUGGGUAACACGCAGGAAGAGGGAGAGUUGAGGAAGCUUAUAAAAAUAGAAGACGGGCUGAUGAAAACAUACCGAGAUGAUACAAGAGCUGUCUCCAAUUCUCCAUUUGAGGAAGCAUCUUGCUUCUCAUCAGAAGUGAAAAGCACGGUGCUGAAAUGA